UCCACGAUGGUCCUUCCUUGACAUAUGGCCUGCAUUUUGCACAACCAUGUAGCGUUUCAAUGUCCCUGCUGAGGACUUAAAUAUAUUAGUAUUUGCACCAGCAAAUUUGGUGCUCGUCAUUUGAUUAGAUUUGGAAAGAAAAUAAGAGCUGGUUACUUACUAGGUUCUACAGGACAUUGCAGCACAGUGGUGGUCGCGAGGCUGAGACAGUACGGAUACUAGGGAGAGGCCGUGAGGACGAAAUUAAGGAAGGGAGUGGGAGGUCUUGUCCCUGGCUCAUACUAAACAGCAACCAAGCAGUGUACUGUGGACAGCAUUGGACUGAAACUCCAACCCGAGGUUCCUAAACACUAUCUGGCUGCUAAAGUGCAGCUUGCCCGUGAUAAGGCCAGGGACCAGCCGUGGUGGAAGUGGCAGACGCUGGCAUUGGGCUUUUGCGACACCGGUAUGCUUUAUGAUGUGGUGUGAGCGAGCCACAUUCACAUGCUCUCCAAAAAUGGAGACAAUACAAGUCAUUAUAAUAUUGUGCAUCUUAACUAGCUAGCCACCAACUCAGUUAAUGCACCGUUUUGGGGCAGAUUACUGAUAGAAGCAACAGCCCAUAUUCGUGUCAAGGUAACGUAGUUAUGUUUACUGUCUGAAGGAUUUGUCAUAAGAAGGCUCCUUAUCGAGAACGAGCAUGGAGGGGCGUUGUGGAUUUAGCCAACUUUGCUAGCUAGCUCAGUGCAAUACUUCUCCAUUUAACUAGAUUUGAAUUUGUUUUAACUAAACGCAUACAUGUUAACAUUUUAACUGGGAGGUUGAUUUGUGGGGGUUUACAGAGUUGUGUUUUCAAGGUUUACUUGAUUAAUGUUGUCACAGGCUGUAGCAAUCCAGCUAGCUAACGUUAGCUAAGUAACCCGGGUCAAACUCGUGCACCCUAAUGAAGGAGUACAAAGUGGUUGUGCUGGGAAGCGGCGGCGUCGGCAAGUCCGCGCUGACUGUCCAGUUUGUCACGGGCACAUUCAUCGAGAAAUAUGACCCAACAAUUGAGGACUUCUAUCGGAAAGAGAUCGAAGUGGACUCUUCGCCUUCGGUGCUGGAGAUCCUUGACACGGCAGGGACAGAACAGUUCGCUUCCAUGAGGGACCUGUAUAUCAAGAACGGCCAGGGUUUCAUACUUGUCUACAGUCUCGUCAAUCAACAGUCAUUUCAGGACAUCAGACCGAUGCGAGACCAGAUAGUGCGGGUGAAGCGCUUUGAGAAGGUGCCACUGAUCCUGGUGGGGAACAAGGUGGACCUGGAGUCUGAGAGAGAGGUGGCGGGUGCAGACGGUCGGGCCCUGGCCCAGGAGUGGGGCUGCCCCUUCAUCGAGACCUCAGCCAAGAGCAAGACCAUGGUGGACGAGCUGUUUGCUGAGAUCGUCCGUCAGAUGAACUAUGCCACGCUGCCAGAGAAACAGGAGCAGUGCUGCACGGCCUGUGUGGUGCAGUGAGGGAGUAGGGGACACUGUCCCCUCUACACCUCUCCCCCAGGAUCUCUCCCAACUGGUUCCUGCUCUGAUGACCCAGGAACCACUUCAGCUCGAUCACACCUUUUGACCUCUCCAGCUGGCAGUGUUACCUACAGUACCAGAGAGCAGAAUCUUGUCUGUCCAUAAUCCAAUUCAAGGGAGUCUCGAGCCUGCCCAGCCUUUGAUAUCUUGACUGUGGAACACAUUCACCUGCAGACUCACUGGCCUUCAUGGUGUCCCGGCCCAGGGAAGACCCACUUUUCAAUGUGUAGAGCAUAACCUUAUGGGAAUGAGGAUGAAGGAUUGUCUAUGGAUUUCUAUUUUCUCAUUUGGGGUUGGGGAGUGCUGGGGCAAUGAGCAGUGAUCUGUUCAGGACCACAGCAACCCUUUCUGAAGCUGCUCCCGUCAUUAAUUCCCCUGGUUUUACUUUUUACUUGUAUCGUUUUAUUAAAUCUGGUGUCUAAUUUUAAAGUGAUAACAGACAUGCAGGUUGAGGACUCGGGUCCGAAUUGAAUCAAACUGUGGUAAAUGUAUGAUUGCUGUGGUUUAUAGGGCCUAAAACCAACUGUAUGGUGGUUAUAAAGCAGACCAGCCUUCAACUUUCUAUUUUUCGAUGGGCAUGGUUGAGCCAGGUCUCCAAGCAUGAGACGUUCACGUUGAGCAUAGAGCGCUAUGCGUGUUUGUUUUCUGCUUACCGCUGUGUGGUUUGCUUUAAAUACAGGAGAUACAGGUUCCUCUUAGUCAUGCAAGUGACUAAUAUGUUACAGCAUGGUUUGAUCAAAUUCUGACCCUGAACAAUCUAACACGCCCUAAACCACAUGUCAAACACGAUCUACGGAGGGCAGUGUCUGCGGGUUUUUAUGCCACCCUUGUACUUGAUUGAUGAAUUAAGGUCAAUGAUUAUUAAGGAACUCCACUCAACUGGUUGUCUAGGUCUUAAUUGAAAGGAAAAACCUGCAGACACUAAGCCCUCCAUGGAAUGAGUUUGACACCCCUGCCCUAAAUGAUCUAACUUACAUUAUUUACUUUUUUUAAAUUAAGUUUGCUUUUCUCAUAACCUAUUUAUUAAAAUAUCUAAUUGCUUUGUUAGCCAAUUAUCAACGUUUUUUUUUUUUUAUAUACUUGCUUUUGGUUUUGCUUUUGUGACUUUACAAUGUGUUUUUGAAGAUGAGAAUUAACAGAGCCUUAAAUGAUUUCAGUCUUA